UGUCGCGCGGGCCUUCAAUCAGUAGCUGCUCUACGUUCUUUCCAAAAGAUGCUCGCUCACCGAAUCAAAACAAUAAAACGAAGAACAAGAAUUCUCAAGGAAGUCUUGCCUCUAAACAAACCUGGAUACACUUCAAAUCAAGUAACUUCCUCGUAGUUUGAAGGGUGUAUUUGUUAUUUUAUUUCACUACUAUCGCUCUCGAUCGUUUACAAGACCAAGCUCGCGCCAGUCUGAUGAAUUCGCCGAACCAGGACGAAGAUGAUGUGCCCGUUAAAGACCCGGUAAAAUACGGCGAGCUGGUCAUAUUGGGGUACAAUGGCUCUCUGCCCAGUGGAGACCGGGGGAGGAGGAAGAGCCGCUUCGCUCUGUACCGGAGGACCAAGGCCAACGGAGUCAAACCCAGCACUGUUCACAUCCUCAACACACCACAAGGCAGCAAGGCAGUCCACAGCAGGGGGCAGCACAGCAUCUCCUUCACUCUGUCCCGCAACCAGACAGUGGUGGUGGAGUACUGCCACGACAACGACACUGACAUGUUCCAGAUUGGGCGCUCCACAGAGUGUCCCAUAGACUUUGUUGUGACGGACACAUCAGGAGAGGGGAAGGAGGGCGAGGACCCCUCGGUGGCCCCCAGCACCAUCUCCCGCUUCGCCUGCAGGGUGGUGUGUGAACGCAGCCCCCCCUACACCGCACGCAUCUAUGCCGCUGGCUUUGACUCCUCCAAAAACAUAUUUCUAGGGGAGAAAGCCACUAAGUGGAAGAACCCGGACGGCCACAUGGAUGGUUUGACCACAAACGGGGUGCUGGUGAUGCACCCUGAGGGCUUCCCUGAGGACAGCAGACAGGGCCUGUGGAGGGAGAUCUCUGUUUGUGGGGACGUCUACGCCCUCCGAGAGACACGCUCUGGACCCAGCCGAGGCAAACUGGCGGAGGGAGAGAGCAGUGCCCUGCGUGAUGGUUCUCUGGUGGACCUGUGUGGAGCCACUCUGCUGUGGCGUACUGGAGAGGGCCUGCUCCACGCUCCCACCCUCCGCCACCUGGAGGCGCUGCGACAGGAGCUCAACGCUGCCCGGCCACAGUGUCCUGUAGGCCUCAGUACCCUGGCAUUCCCCAGCCUGCCACGCAGCCACAGUUUUCCUUUUCUCCCUAGUCUGGAGGAGCGCCAGCCCUGGGUUUACCUCACCUGCGGACACGUGCAUGGCCGCCACGACUGGGGCCAGCGCCCCGAGCGCCAGGAGGCGAGAGGAGGAGGAGGAGAGGGAGAGGGGGAAGGAAGGAUCUCCACAGUCCGCCGGGAGUGCCCUCUAUGCAGGAGCGUGGGGCCCUACGUGCCCCUGUGGCUGGGGUGUGAGCCUGCCGUGUACGUGGAUGCUGGAGCGCCUACGUACGCGUUUGUACCCUGCGGCCACGUGUGUUCAGAGAGGACAGCCAAGUACUGGGCGGAUACCCCGCUGCCCCAUGGGACCCACGCCUUCCGGCCCACCUGUCCCUUCUGCUCUGCCCCUCUUAGCAGCACUCCACAGGGCUGGACACGCCUCAUCUUCCAGGGCCCCAUCGACUAGCCUGGGCCCCACGGAUGCAUUCCACAACUACUACGCAACAGUGGAACCAACCAAGUCACUAAGCCAAAGGCCCAAUCCUAACUUGAGAUAAUAGUGUGCAACAAAUGUGAAUAUUUCUCAAAUGUACACUACAUCUGUUAGCUGUUAGACAAGUGUGUGUACCUCAAACAUUUGUGUAAAUCAUGCAUUGAUGUCAGUUUAGGAUCUGUGCGGUAGUUUGCAUUAGACACACAUUUCUCUCAAGGUAAGAUUUGGCCAUAACAGAUCCUCCCUUCAAAAGCAAUAAGAACACCACUAUAGCAAAGCAUUAAACCCGUAGAUAAGCUAGUUUUUUGGCUAGUCAUCCAUGUCUCCAAUUCUGUCUCUCUUCAGACAUGGCUGAAUGUUGUCUGCAGCUCAAGGGCUAAACCUAAGGUGUGUUGAAGUCACUGGAUGUUCAUGAUUGCUGGUUUCCUGACAAAUUCCUCUCAGCCCAAUUUUGAACCAAUAAUGUAAUGAUGCUUCUGCAGUUUUUGAGUGAAUAUUCCUUUUGACAAAUAUGAAUUAUCCUGAAAAUAAAAAGUUGUAAUAUUUUGCGAAGCGGUUCAACCCCAAAGUACCAAUAACUUACUCUACAUUUGCAAAUAUAAGUGAUGUUGGUGAACAUUCUGCAGUUUGACCACACCUCAGGUUUAUGACCAAACAGACAGACAGGGUCCGUGUCAUGAGACAUUAUAGCAGAAAGGUCAAAAAGUGUGACCUAAAGUAACCUCAGAAGACAUCUUUUCAAUGAAAAUAUAACUAUUUUAUUAAAAUGGGGGGGUGUUUGGGAUGGGUUGGGAUUUCAUUUAUGUGUUGAGUGUAAAGUAAGAUACAACUAUUUUUCUAUCUUGAGUAUUGUUUUUAGUUAAAUGUGAUUUCUCAAUGUAAGCGUUUUCUGGAAGUGUAUGACUUAUUAUGUGUGUUCGAUGAAAGUAAGUGAGAUAAAAUUGCCAACACUGUGUCACACACAUUACACGACCAUAAAAAAUUGCCCAGACAAUGAAUGUAGCCAAAUACUCAGGCUAUACUAGCUUAGCCUGCCCAGGUGCUCGUAUUGAAUUCCUCUAUAUUAUGCUACUACUAUUUUUUUAUCUGAACGUUGUGAUAUAGCUUGAAAAUGUCUGAUUGUUACAAGAAGUUGAACACGUUACACCCACACGAGAGCUCUUCUAUCUUGCAUGAACACACACUCACGUCUUGCACUGUGGAUUGCCAAACCUUGAAUUUAUGCUUAAUUGUGCGCAGUGUGACAUGUGAAUUAUACAGCCCGAAAUGCCUCAAAUGAAAAUAAAUGUUAGCGAAAUGAGCAGUCCAACACAAAUCUAAAAUGUAAACAUGUUAUUUCCCAUAUAAGAUAUGUACACGCCUACUCAAGCUGCUACUCAGGGGCCAGAGAGAGCAGAUUUCUUAUUCUGGAGGGUGCAACAUUACAGAACGUUCAGAUAGAAAUGUAUGGAGUAGAACCGACAUGAUUCUCUGUUAUGUAGAAUAUAGAGAAUCGUGUCUCUCUAUUUUACAUUUCUAUGCUCCAGAUGCAUUAAGUACUUCAGGUUUACAGCCGUCAGGCCUCUACACAGUGCCAUGCUGUAUUUCAUAUACUGUAUAAUGGGUAAAGAUAGAACCACUUCAGGACGUCUUCCAAAUCCCCAGUUCAGUUGUUAGAAGAGCAACCUUCUCUUUCUCAGUACCAGUGUUUUCACCAAACCAAUUGUCUAUUAGCUCAGGUUUAGAAUACCCAGAGUUUGCCCCGAGGGCAGCACAGGACACUGAGCUACAGUAAGCUCGUAGUAAAAGAUUUUAGAUGGUCAUUCAUUUUAUGGCCGCAUUGAAGGAGUUGCAACGUUACAUAACAUUCGGAUAAGAAUGUGUUUUUUAGAACCGACAUGAUUUUCUCUCAUGGAGAAUAUUGAGUCAUGUCAGCUCUAAAGUCAAUUUCUAUCUGCAACAUACUGUAACAUUGUUACCUCUUUUAAUAGGCUCCACCCAGCUAGCACAUAAUGUUCUGAGGACCAUAUGUUUCUUAGAGCUUGGUGAGAGCGUGGUUGUCCUAUUGUUA